GUCACUUCCUUCUCACGGCGCUCCUCCGGUGUGUGUGUAUGUCUCUGAGCUCCGAGACAGAGAGAGUGUUUAGCGGAGUGUGUGAGGGGCGAGUUAGGGAACCGAAACAGAAGACCAUCCCCCGAGGAGAGUGUGUAUGGAACAUGGAGUGUGUUUCUGCUGUUCUUGAUGACUUGGAAGGUAAAAAGGAGACACAUGUAGAGGAUCCUGAACACAAUGUGUAUACCCGCUUUAUGAAGGCACAUCGCUGCUAUGACCUGGUGCCGACCAGCUCCAAGCUGGUGGUGUUUGACACGUCUCUGCAGGUGAAAAAGGCAUUCUUUGCUCUUGUCUCCAAUGGAGUGAGAGCUGCUCCUCUUUGGGACAGCAAGAAGCAAUGCUUUGUGGGUAUGUUAACCAUAACAGACUUUAUCAACAUUCUCCAUCGCUACUACAAGUCACCUCUGGUCCAGAUAUAUGAGUUAGAAGAACACAAAAUAGAGACGUGGAGAGAGGUCUACCUGCAAGAUUCCUUCAAACCUCUUGUUAGCAUAUCACCUAAUGCCAGUCUGUAUGAUGCUGUAUCUUCUCUGCUAAAGAACAAGAUCCACAGGCUGCCGGUGAUCGACCCUCUGACAGGGAAUACACUCUACAUCCUUACUCACAAGAGGAUCCUCAAGUUUCUCAAGCUCUUUAUUUCGGAGAUGCCCAAACCAGCGUUUCUUUCACAAACUCUGGAGGAGCUCAACAUUGGAACAUUCGAAAACAUUGCCGUGGUCCACUCUGAUACUCCCCUCUACACUGCACUGGGGAUCUUUGUGGACCAGAGGGUCUCUGCACUGCCUGUAGUUGAUGAUAAAGGAAGAGUGGUUGACAUCUACUCCAAGUUUGACGUAAUAAACUUGGCUGCGGAGAAGACAUAUAAUAAUCUGGACAUUACUGUGACCAAGGCCCUUCAGCAUCGCUCUCAAUACUUUGAGGGUGUUCUCACCUGCCAAGCACACGAGACUCUGGAGGCCAUCAUCAGCAGACUGGUGGAGGCAGAGGUCCAUAGAUUAGUGAUAGUAGACGAUCAUGAGGUGGUGAAGGGCAUCGUUUCUCUCUCGGAUAUCCUGCAAGCUCUAGUGCUCACCAAUGGAGACAACGGGACUGCUUAAUAAAGCACAUCGCUCCUUCGACUGGGAGAUGAGAAGAAGAAGAGAGAGGAGAAGAGGAGGAGCGUGAGAAGAAUUGUGGCUGGUGAAAAAUUGGCAACAAGUUGGCAAAUCAACAAGACAGUCGAUUUGCUAGUUUUCAACAGCCAAACGGGGGAAAAAAUGAAUCAGCAAGGAAUCAUCAAAUCACGCAGAUCUAAAUCUCCAGUAAGCCUAUGUUUUUAGGAAACAAUGAAAUGUAGACCGUUUUUGAUAUUUGAUAUUUUUCAGAUUUGAUGUGCCCUUUUGCUUUUGAGUGGAACAGAAGCUGAUGAGCAUCUGGAGGAAAAGAUAAGCUCACCAUCUCUUCUCUCUUUCUUCCUCUUGCACUGAGGGGAGAACAAAUGUGAAGGAGAAUUCAGCAAUACAAACACAGGCAAUAGGGAAAGAAGGGGCACAACUGUAGCCACAGCAAAGCACACACCAAAAUCCUAAACCCACAAACCUGAAGCAGCUAUAAGCCCCACUCAGUGCUGCAACUUCUGAAGACCGAACCAAGUAUUUAUCUUCAUGCGUUCUCCAGUAGUGUAGCUGAGAAAGUGGAGAAAGUGGCAAGUGCGAUAGGGAUACCAGUAUAUCAGUUCCAUCCAUAGACAAUCCAUUUCACUUUUAUUUCAAUGGCUGUCUAAAAAUAUUAUGACACACGGAUGAAGUUAUGUAAAUGGGCAUUUCGUUCAGUACGUCCUGUGAAGACUAUUUGUGGUCCCCCUCAGUUAUGCCCAGAAUGCGGGCAUUUUGUUGUGCAGGAUGUAAAGAACAGUAAGAAUUUGUUUAGGUGUUCUUGAGAAUAACAGUGUAGUUGAAGCAUGUUAAAAAUAUCCAAUGUACAGCUCCCACAUCCAGGGUCAUAAUGUCACACUCACUACAAAACCUUUUAUCUCCGAAAUAGUAAAUUUACAAGAGGAGGAAAUGAAGUUCUUGAACAUGCAAAGAUUUUAAUCCCAGUUCAUUUUGGACCAUUUCUGUCGGUCUGUCUGUCAUGCAGAGUUCUCACAAUGAAAAGGGCAGCUGAUGUCUUCACAUAAGAAAAAAUAGAAUACCGGAAAAAUGGAGAUGGGGUUUUGCUACGACAGUGACGAUUUCUGUCAGGUCCCUCAGAGUCAGAGUACUGUUCUAGAAUCACUUUUCACCUUUCUUAACCUAAUUAUGUGAAUCAGAUUAGCACUCUUUGCUCAGAUGUUUGAGGCAGAUGGACCCUGAGAAAUACUCUUUCGUAAGCUGGUCAAUGGUAGUUUUGGUAAAACGAUCUUCCUGCACUUCAAAAUCAGCCACUCUUUGCUUCUGAGAAAGGGGACCCAUAAAGCAAUCACUACACAGGAACUCCUGUUUGCUCUGAAAACUGGACUGCACUUAAACAGAACUACUCUUCAUGCCCUCACAAUGUGAAGUUAAAGUACAGAUUUUACUGUUUUAGUAUGUUUUAACAUUGUGUUAAACAGAAUAUAUAAAUGUAAUCAUGAGUUAUUGGUUCUUACUACUAUUAUUGGCAACACAUAUCAUUUCUCUUUAGUUUCCCAUAAUGAUUUUGACCCAAACGCACUGGCUUGGAUUGUGUAGUUGAUCAUGUCGUUGUACAGUAUAUUUAAAAGGGUUUAUAAUAAGUGUGAGUUACAGCUUAGUAUCCUUCUAUGAUCCAGGUAAUUCCAUGGACAUUGUUGGACAGGGGUGGGAAAAUACUUAAGUGAUUGUACUUUUACCUAAGUACUAAAGUAUUAUUUUGUGAUGUGUGUACUCUACUCGAGUAUGAUUGACACUUGUAGAUCAAGAGUAAUUUUGCAAAUCCAGUCACAUUCAUAUGAAUAUGAGGACGUUUCCCAAAACCAUGGUAAUUCACCUUUGUGUAAAGACCCCUACUGCCUGCUACUCACUCAGCCUUGCUAGUUUUGGUUAUGUAGUGUGUGAUCAGCUCGUGGCCAGUGUUAAAGGUACUUGAAUGCAAGUACUGCCUUCUAAUUCCACCUGUUAAAACAUUAACUUUUAUAUAUUGAAUAUUUAGUAUUAAAUGCUGAUAAAUCAAUUAUAUUUUUAGCUUCAUACUUCCACUUUUAAUGAAGAUUUUUUUCUAGUACCCAUACAUUCACUUAAGUACAGUUUCUCCACCCCAUUGUUGGAUGUGUCCAGAGCCAUCAAACACUCAAGAAUGUUUGAUUUAACAUGUAUUUCCACAUAAUAGACAAAGUUUAUGGGACCGCACCCAUAAUUGUAGGAAGUGCAAGGAAGGAAUAGGUUUUUUCCACUGGCAUGUUGAAAAUUCCUCAAGCCCCUCAAAAUAAAACAAAACAGGUACUGAGAACACCAUUUAGGUUGAUACAGUAUACAGAGGGCUUUUAAGGACCCAUGUCUUUGAUGCCAAAUAACUUCUUAAACAAAGUUGAUGGAUCUAUAUAGCAAGACCUCGAAACACUGGCAUGUUUUCCUUCGCUAGCCAUUGGAGCGGGCGUUGAAGGCCAUGUCAACCACCAUAUUAUCUUUGCUGAUUUUUUCAUUUUAUUCGUAAUUUCAUUUUAUUCUUCUCUUAAUUAAUCAAAUAUGUAUACAAAUAUUUGUAAAUACUUCCAAAACAUUUUAUAUUCCUUAUGUUCAUAAUUUAAUGCAUGAGCAAAAUAAAUGUUUUGUUUAUCUUAAAAUGGUUCAUUUCUUGUGCUGAGUUACAAAUACUGCAGUGCCUGGAAAUCCUUCAAAGUUGUUAUUGUAGACAUGUCUCUGCAACUAUAGUUCGAAAGUGGAAGUAAACCGAUACCUACUUUAAUACUUGUGGUUUAAAAUCACAGGUCUAAAGACGUGAUCAGCACUUUUAUAUUACGGUGUUAGGAUGAAUGUAGUGCAAAGUCAGGUGUCAUGUCACAGGUUGAUCACUGACAUUUCCAGCGAUAUAUAUUAUUUGUAUAAGUCUGAGUGCAUGGCCAAGCUUGAAGAUUGGAGGAUAAAUCUUUCCUUGUUAUUGUUUCUGUCAGCUAUGCUGUAUUUUUUAUUUAAGCGAAGAGGUUUGGUUUAUAGGUUAUUCUCGUUAGACUUUGGACAGGAUAGGGAACAGUAAAUGACGUGUGUCUGCUGAGUUGACACAAUGAGAGGGUACAGCCUGAAGAAAUGUAGAGUCUAUGAUUAGCAUAAUUCUGCAUAAUUCAGUCAUUGAGGUGUGAACAAAGUCAGAGUUCACACCAGUGCUGGGAUGGAACUAGUGGUCAUGUCUACAGGGCAAAUAUUAAAGCUCUCUGUGAUGUAGAGUCAUUAAACACUUUGGACGUCUGGUUCCUAUCACCACCACUGUGAACAAUUCUAACUUCUGUGUUUCUCCACAUUAAACCACUAAAUCACUUUGUAUAGGUCUUAAUUAUAUAGAAAUUAUGUAAAAUUAAAUGUUAGAAUUCCCCUUAAAGCACCAUUAUCCUA